CCGCGCAUUACAACCCCUCUAUUUCUGGGGGAAAGUAACCUAAUGAUGCUCUGGAUUCUGCGUUUCAGCUUCUGUUCUGUUCUUCUCUUAUGUCUCCAGUUCUCCUCUGGUAUCUUCAGCCGUUCCUGUGCUGUUUCAGGUUCUGCAGUAGCUGUCUAGAACAGAGGGUAUCUGCUAUGAGGAGAAGUGGUUCAGUGCCCCCUGCUCUUCAGACUGAGAAUAUGUCUCUCCGGCUCCUCGGCUGAACCGCGGGCAUCCUCAGCAGCAUGGCAGAGAGAGGAGCGCCCUGACAGAGAUGCUCUCCUGCGGAGGCGCCGCCUGGCACCCGUUCACCUCCUCCUGCACCUCCUCCGGACCACCUUCUGCCCCUUUAUCUAGGGCAACUGUGGGGUUUCCAUGGAUACCAGUACCCUAGUCCAGCAAGUGGACAACGUGGAGCGUAACAUAGCAUUCCUGCAAAAGGAGCAUCAGAUCCUCCUGACUGGCCUACGGCUGGAGAUUCGGCAGCUAAAGAAACGCUGUAACGAUUUGAGCUGUGAGCUGAGCAAAAGGCCUCCGGGAAGAAGCGGAGAAGAGAUAGCAGCUGAAGAGGAGCUGCUGCAGGCUCGGCUGUCGGAAACUGAGCAGCACUUGGCUGAGCAGGAGUGUUCCCAAGGAGAGUUGAGGACCAAGCUGCAGAACAAGGGAGCACAGGCGGUGGCCCUACAGGUGCGACUGCGUGACGAGGAGCGGCGUUUUUUAGAAGAACUGAAGCGGCGUAGUCAUAAAAUCACUGCCCUGAGCCGUGACCUCCGCAAACAAACUGAUAUCGCUGCCCAGCUCGCUUUCCAACUGCACUCAGCACGCUUCCGCCUCUACCACCAGGCUGAGGAUGAGGAGAAUGGCGAAGGAGAUAUCCAGGAACCGGGCUGUUCUGCCAGUUCUCCCCAGGCUUCACCUGUCAGAGCAGAAGCCAGACAUCGCAGCCAUUCAUCAGUACGGAUAAGAAGGUCAGAGCGAGCGAGGGAGUGCGUGCCACGAGAAAGAGUGCUUGGACCAGAGGAUCCACGGCCCAUGCCUGACCCCGCCCUCUUCCUGUACCCCUUCAGACACAGGCUCCUCCCACUGCGCACAUCUCUAGGUGGACGCUGGAGGGAAGGGGGGCUAACUGAGAGGUCAGAUGGUCGGAUGGGUGGACUGAGGACCCGAGCAAUGAGGGGAGAUCCUGGACCAGAGACUACAGAAUUAUAAUUCGAUUUUAGGAUUAAAAGACUGAUCAGUCACAAUAUAUAUCAAAUGUACAGUCUCGGUAUCGGUCCAGUCUAAAAUGCUGGUGUACAAAUACCAUCUCACAGUGUAGGCUGCAGCUGAGGAAGGAGAGGUCCUGCAGGAACUAGUUUAUGAAAGUUCUUUCAUAGGUUCUUUAAAUUUACAGAAUUGAAGGCUGCAUUUCUUUGCCACAUUUAAAGGAAAUUUGAAAUAUGCAGUUUUACUAGGCUGCAUCCUUGACUUGAGCUAAGCUUUUAACUAUAGCAGCCUAUUGCUGUUCAUAAACUAAUUAAAGGAUAUUGUUCAAUUUUCCAACCAGCUUUUUGAAAACAUCUAAAUUUAGUAUGAUAAGGUAAAAAUGGCACAACACUUGUUUUGAUUUGUUUACAGUAAUGCAGCUGUGUGUAGAUAUACCUUGGAAUAACAUCUAUCAACACCUUUUUGAUCAUUAUUUAUUACUGGUGAUUUUCCUACUUUUAUUCACAAUCAAUUAGAACAUAAAAUGUUUAUCUAGAUUUGUAUUUUGGCCACCUUAGAAAUCAUAAAGACAAAAAGGACCAAAAACAGAUAUGGACCAUUAAGUGUUCACUUUUCUCAGUCUUAUUUCUGAUGUUGUAGUUGGGCAGAUAUCGUGCCUAAGGAAAAUUCUGUAUGUUUUUGGUUAUUUGCUGCUCACAAUGUACAGUAACCGACAAUAAACAUUUCACAC